AUGACAUUUGACUUCAGCGCCGGCCAGGCAGGAGAGGCUGCCUUGCUGGAACAGCUCGGGUACGACCCACGCGAACGAUACGCAACCUUCACCACCACCGGGGUCUCGCAGAACUCGAUACCGGCCACCACGUCGACCGCCAUGGUCCAGCAGCACAGCCGCCAGAGCCCCUCGGGCAACUGGCAGAUGCCUCUAGACAUGGCCGCCGCCGCCGGCGUGUCUCCCGUCUCAAUGCACUCUCCCAACACCCACACAGUCGCCGCCUCGUCUCCGGAAGAGCAACAGGCGCAGUCCCCGCACGGGCAGUCCCCGAUAGGCCAUCACAGCUCGACGGCGUCAAGUCCCCAUCAACAGCAGCUGUCGCCCCAGGCCCCUUACACCACCGCUGCCCUCCCACACGCACCGCCCAUGAUUGCGGACUGGACCUUCCAGCAGCAGCAGAUGCAGGCCCAGCCCCAGCCCCAGCCGCAGGACCUGUCCCACUUCAUCCAGGACUCGUCCGCCAUGAUCAGCUUCAACCCCUUCUUGGCGAACCUGCAGCCCUCGCCCAUAGGCUAUCUCCCCGCGAACGCGCAAGCUGCCCUGGGUGCCGGCAUGCAGCAGGCCGACCCGUCCACAUUCCAGAUGUCCCCCGUCGAGGAGGGCGCGCAGCAGAUGCCGUGGGACAUGGGCACCACCAACAUGAGCACGGGCAUGGCCAACUGGCAGGAUUUCGAGGCGGCCAUGCACAUGCCUGCGGACGGUCUCCCUCGGGUGGGCAGCAUGGGCAGCAACUCGCCUACCGGCACUUACCUUGAGGUCUUGUCCCUUGGCUCUGGAAGCGACAACGGAUGGGCAAUGGUCGAUAUGUAUCACCCUAACUUCGACUCCUUCUCCCAGACCCAACAGGCCCAGAAUGUCUUCAACCCCGGACAGACCUUGCACUUGCGCACCAACUCGGACUCGUCCCAGUCAGAUGGCACUUCGCUGGAGUUUGGCAGUUACGAGGAGGUGCCUUUCCCCUACUCCCCAUUCUCGCCCGGUUCCGACUCGUACGCCGAGAACUCCAACAACCAUCGCAACUGCUUCCACGGAGACAGCCACCACCAUCAUUCACAUGACCUUAUCAGCCCCGCUGCUGCUGUCACACCUGUCCCCAUCAAGACCACGCCUAGCAGUCGAUCGAGCCCGUCCAGUGGCUCUGGAGUCGGCUCAACCAGCGCUCAGCCGUCUUCUGUCUCGCCGCCGGCGAGGAGAACCACAGCUCCCAGGAAGAGCCCCAUUGCCAAGCCGAGCCAAGCCAAGGCGGUCAUUCGGAGGACGUCCAACGGCAAGAAGGACGGCAGCGGCGAGAAGAAGGUCGGCAGGCGUAGGGGACCUCUGUUGCCUGAACAGCGCAAGCAAGCGAGCGAGAUACGGAAGCUGCGGGCGUGCCUGCGGUGCAAGUUCCUCAAGAAGACUUGUGACAAGGGAGAGCCCUGCGCUGGGUGCCAGCCUUCUCACGCCCGCCUCUGGCAGGUGCCUUGCACCCGUAUUGACAUCAAGGACAUCGGCUUCUUCAUGAAGGACUGGAAGGCCGACUACGAGAGGCACCUUGACCGCGGGGUGUCAGUCUACAACGUCAAGGGCUUUGCACAAAAGGAGACUCUGAUGUGGAUCACGCACGGCUACGGGUUCUGCCUUCCCGUCAUGGUCCGCGAGGUCUUCGUUGCGGACGAGAGCUGCUUCCAGGUCGACUGGGUCGAGUCCCAUCUUGAGGACCAGGAGCCGAUCGACUUCGAGAUAAGGACCGAGAAGCUGGAUGUUGGCCGGGAUGGCGUGUCCAUGGAGGCGCUGUCUGAGUACCUCGACAAACACAUUGACCAGUCGUUCGAGACCUUCAUCGACGACCACUUUGAGGGUACGCCGUUCAUCACCGAAAUCCUCAAGACCGCUCACCGCUUCUACAUGAAGGAGAGGAUGCCGGUCAUCCGCAAGGCACUGAAGCUUGUGCUGGCCUACAACCUGACACUGCACAUCACCAUGGUCGAGCAGCAGGGCUCCGAGGAGCAGCUGGACGGCACCAUCGAUGACGAGGACUCCAAGUACUUCGGCAAGGUCGUCGCGCCUGUCAUGAUCAACUUCCAGAUCAAGUGUGCCAUGGCCGACAUGUGGCGGGACCUGCAGAAGGACAUCCUGGAAGAGCUCUCGGCGCUUUACUCGAGUGUCUACAGCGGAGACCGUCUCAAGAACUGGCCCACGAUAUUCAUGUUGGCGUCCAUACUCCUGGCUGUCUGGGAGGAGAUGCAGUUCGACUGCCACUACCGCGUCCCAGACCCCGUCGCCGUCAACAAGUUCUGCAGUGACAUGGAGACGAUCCCCGUCGGCGUCAUUGUUGGUCUCUUCCACGCCAUCUCCCAGAAGCUGCCUGCCUUCACCGAGUGGGACACGCGGAGACACGGCCAGCUGCUCAACAACAACCAAGCAGUCUGUGAGGCCAUGACUGAAGUCCGACAGCAUGUUAUGAAGCAUGAGGCGUAUUUGAGAACACGGCCAGAUACCAAGUUUGACAGGGAUGACUUUGACUCGUUGUCGAACAAGUUUCUGUCGAAGCUGGUCAUUCGUUCCAACUAG